AUGCCUCGUCCCGCGAAGCGCAUCAGGACGGCAACUGAGACGGCAGCUGCUCCUUCCUCCACGAUGCACGCGUUCACCCGUGUCUCCAAGAACAACGCGCUGCACGCGCCGGCGGCGAAGAAGAUCCUCGAGUCCACCACGUCUGCGAACAAGAAACGCAAGGUCUCCUGCAUUGACAUUGACGACAAAGUCACACUCGCGCCACACCAACUCACUACGACCAGCAGCGAGGGCGAUGUUGAGAUCCAGCUUCCCAAGAAGCGGGCCUGUCGACGGCCGCAGGAACCUGCACUCGUGACGCCGGUCGCGCCUGUCUCUGCUGCAUCUACCCCCGCCACGGCGCCGACACCGGCAAAGACAGCUCCGAAGGGCAAGACGACGGCCAGAGCGAGCAUGUCUCGGGCACAGACGGCGCACAAACCCUCCGAGACGACUGUCCUCGGCAAGUCACGACAGACCAAGAGAACGAUCCAGACCAAAAUUGACGGUUUCGGCAAGAAACCGAAAAAGGACAAUGAGUUCACUGGCGACCUCGCUGACCUCGUCAGUCUGCACCAGGCGUUUGUCAACACCAUCUUGAUGCAGUUCGCGCACAACGGAACCGCCUCGCCCAUUCACUUCCACACGCUGGCACCACACGUCACCCGAGCAUGGGGCAAGCGGCAGGUCUCCAUGGAGGAUAUUCGACGCUGCAUCGCCGUCCAGGCGUGUGCGCAAAACGGGCAGACCUUACCCUUCAUCGUGUCCGACUAUGGGCGCGGCCAGGUGUGCAUCGAGCUGGCGCCCGAUCAGGACACAACCACUAUCCGCCAGGACCAGCUCUGCCAGCAAUUCAAGGACAACCUGCGCCGCAUCGCUGCCGACCGGGCGGCGGACGAGAUGGCCGACGUGGACAUUUCCCUCGGCACGCUCUCCAUCGCGGAUUUGCCCCAAGCCGCUGUGGCGCAUCGCCCUAUGGGCAUGAGCAACCCAGCCAUCGGCAAGGGUCAGCGCGCCUUGGCGGAGCUCAAGAACGGUAUCGAAGCCCAGCGUCAGCAGGAGGACGCGAGCAGAGCGACGUUGGCAUCCAUGCGAAACGCGGAUGGAUCAAAGAUGAGUCUGCUCGACCGUCUGCGGGCCAAGCAGAUCGCCAGGGAGCAGGGCCCAGCGCCCCCCUCGGCGGCCGAGCUCGAGCGACAAGCUGCGCUGAGCCGAGCGCCCGACGUGGCCACCACCCUGUACAUGCUGAGCCUCUCCAAGCCGGCUGGGCUGCCGCGCCAGGCCUUCACCAUGCAGGCCGUGCUCGACAGCCUCCGGGACUCGCUGAGGACGCCCAUCUCCAAGGAUGAGGCGACCGGCGCGCUCAAGGUGAUUGCAGCCGAGGUGGCCCCCGAGUGGCUUCGCGUCGUGGCCAUUGGAGGACGCGAGAAUGUGGUGCUGCAAAGGCGCCAGCAGCCUACGGAACGCGUGAUCCGCGAACGUGUAGCCAAGUUGCUGGGCUAG